CCAAGAUGGCGGCGCCCAAAGCGAAGAUUUCAUCAAAGGUAGAAGACACRAAUGUAACAUAUGAAGACCAGCAAAGCAUCAACACCUUUGCACGUAAAAACACUAGACUUCAAGACCUAAAGGCUGAUAUUCAAGCUAAAAAGAAAGAACUUCAAAACCUGGAAGAUGCUGGUGAUGAGCUGUUGAUGUUAGAUGAUGAAAAUGCUCUUAUACCAUACAAAAUUGGUGAGGUAUUUGUUAAUUUAUCAUCAGAAGAAGUACAAGAUUAUUUAGAAAAAUCUAAGUUAAAAUUACAAGGAGAAAUGAAGAUCAGCGAGGAACAGGCAGUUGAAAUCCAAGGAAUACUCAAUGAGCURAAAGUCAAACUUUAUGCAAAGUUUGGAAAAAAUAUUAAUCUUGAUGCUGAAGAUGAAUAACUUUGUUGGUAGGGAGUAGGUAUUAAUGGGGACUAUUAUCUUGUGUGGUUUCUUUAUUCAUCUGCUAUCAAUUUACUCCAUCCAGUAAAAAAAGUUAACCAGCUGUGAUUCAAGUAUUCAUUGUUUACAAAUGCAAUCAAUCCCAAUAGAGUCAAGAGACAAAGACAUGGUAGYGAUCUUGGUGGUAUUAGAGACCUUUAGAUCCGACGACGAGUACGAGAACGAGUAUGAGUACGAGUGUUUAACUUUUAAAGAGAGGCACUUAUCUUUUUGUAGUUGUGACCGUGUACGUAGAUUGAAACUUUAGAUUGUAAAAAAUCGGAAAUCGACUACGACUUAGUGUUAACCACGUGCACAGGACCAAUUUUAAAACUUGUACUCAUACUCGAUCUCAUACUCAAUCUUGUACUCGUCGUCAUAUCUAAAGGUCACUAUUAAUUAAGRAUGCUAAUGAGAAAUCAAUUGUUUAAUACCACCAACAUUGCAYUAAUGAUGUAACAUGCAAACGAAUUUUGUAACUCUAAAUAGUCUUUAUAGUAUUUGUUUUUUGAAAAUCCAGUUGAGGACUUCAGGUAAAAGAAUCAAGGAUAAUCGUGGGGUUCCCAACAAAUAUUUAUACCUCUCCCAUAAACAGAUAUGGUAAAAGGCCAAAAUGCAUGUUGGAAUUGCAGGAGGCAACCUAUAGUUUGUUACAAAAAAUGUUGCUGUGUGUGUGAUACUCCUUUAAAUUUUUUACCAGAAAUUAACAAUUAUUCGUCUAAAUUGAAGUGAUUGUCAGGGAAUAUUUACUGAGACGCAAGCGAGCGGCGAGGUAAAUAUUUCCUGAUAUUCACUUCGCUUUCAGCAAAUAAUUAUCUUAGUAUUCUUAACACAAGUGAAUUUAAUAAAUAGUGAAGAGAGAGGUUUUUGUGGUUCAAAUUCUAUUUGUCUCUGCAAGCAGCACAGAUUGAACAACGAGUGUGCGCGUGCACACAUUACAUUCACCUGUAGGUGAAUAUAGCAGCAGAAGAAGUGAUUUGUGACCAAUGAGUGUGCAGGAUUUGUUAUAUUCAUUUGUGUCAAAAUACUUAAGAUGCAUAUUAUGAUGUUUACUCAGUCAGACUGCGAGCCUUGCUUUCCACCCUAUACUCAAUAUUCCAGUUUUGAAUGGUCCCCUUCAUGGUUCCUUGCGCCAUCUUGAAAGGUGGCCGUGCCUUUGCAUCGAAGCGAGACAAACGGUGAGCUUGCAAUGAUAGAGACCUAAUUUUUUAACAGCUUGGACAAUUAUUCACAGGUCUCUAUCACUGCAACCUCACCGUUCGUCUCGCUUUGAUGCAAAGGCACGGCUACCUUUCAAGAUGGCGCAGGGAACUGUGAAGGGGACUAUUAUCUGUCGCUCAGCCUUAUCCUUGAUGGCAUGUGAAGUAUUUGUGUUCUUGACCUGUGGGAUUGUGAUAUUUUCAAAGUGUUUGUAUGGUUUAAGUUAUGCAUUCUUUAUUUUUUUUAAUGCUUGUGUAUAUUUUGACACCUAAUUGAGGCUAACUCUGAGUGAAUAAGUAUGUAAUCAAAGAACAUGACAGUAUUUUAUGAACUCAAAAAUGGUUAAUUCUAUGAAGAAUACAGGGGUGGAUCCAGGGGAGGGGUGCAAGGGGUGCACACCCCUCCCUGGUUCCACUUUGUGCCCCUACUUCGAAGAUAACCAAUACUGUUUUUUCCCUUUGAUUCUAAGGGUGCACCCCUCGCGGGGUUAACUUUGUGCGCAGCACCCCUCCCUGAACRAAAUCCUGGAUCCGCCCCUGGAAUAAAUAACUGCUAAGAUAUCUCUCCUCACCCUAUUUCUUAGAAAUUUUAGCCUCUGAUAAACAAGGUGCUACUACAGUAUUAUUGAUUUUUGUACAAUUUUUGUUAUGUAGAUAAAUAUUUUUUUCCAGAUUUUAAUGUAGUGAAGUGAAUAGGGAAGUGAUACAAAAUAAACUAGGAAAUUGUCA